AUGUCCCCCACCCUUCCGCUGCACCAAACCCCGUCAGUCACCACUAGCAUUUCCGCAGUUUCCUCUGCACGGGUUGGUUUGCGCGCGCUUCUGUCUCCCGGUCCUGAGUCCCUCCCCUCUGGCGCCACGGCACGGGCAGCGUACGCCACGGUGGCCGUUUCCAGAGACCCGCAAUUUGCCACGUUGGAAGACGCUGACGUGGAACAUUUCAAGGGGAUUCUAGGCGAACGUGGCGUGAUCACGGACCCUGACGCCGUGGCAGCAGCCAACGUGGACUGGAUGGGCAAGUACAAGGGGAAUAGCAAGCUGUUGCUGCGGCCAACCACAUCAAGCCACGUGGCAGACGUAUUAAAGUACUGCAAUGAGAGGCGGUUGGCUGUGGUGCCUCAGGGCGGCAACACAGGUCUGGUGGGCGGCAGUGUGCCUGUGUUCGAUGAGAUUAUUCUGAGCCUGGCAGGAAUGAACAAGAUCAUCUCAUUCGACGAGGUGAGCGGCAUCCUGGAUUGCGAGGCGGGCUGCAUCCUUGAAUCCCUCGACACCUUCCUGGCCGACAAGGGGUUUGUAAUGCCGUUGGACUUGGGCGCCAAGGGCAGCUGCCAGAUCGGCGGCAACGUGUCCACCAACGCGGGUGGCAUCCGCCUGCUGCGAUACGGCUCCCUGCAUGGCUCCGUGCUCGGGUUGGAGGUGGUGAUGGCGGAUGGCACGGUGGUGGACAUGACGAGGGCGCUCAGGAAGGACAACACGGGCUACGACCUCAAGCAGCUCUUCAUCGGGGCGGAGGGCACGCUGGGCGUGGUGACGAGGGUGGUGCUGCUGGCGCCACCGCGCUCGCCCUCAGUGCACGUGGCGCUGCUGGGGUGCUCCUCCUUCGACGCCGUGCAGCAAGUCUUCUGCGCCAGCAGGCGCCACCUGGGGGAGGUGCUAUCUGCCGCUGAGUUCUUCGACCGCAGCUCCCUUCAAAUGGUGUUGAAGCACAACGAGGGUACGAGGGAUCCGCUACCGGACGGGGAGUAUCCCUUCUAUGUCCUCAUUGAAACGUCCGGCAGCCACCCCGAGCACGACCGGGCGAAGCUAGACGCGUUUCUGGAGGGCGUGAUGGAGGAUGGCGCGGUGGAGGAUGGUACCGUGGCUCACGACUCCACUCAGGCCGCUGCCAUCUGGCACCUGCGCGAGGGAGUAGCGGAGGCGCUACAGCGCGCUGGGGCAGUGUACAAGUACGAUCUGUCGGUGCCCGUCUCACAGCUCUACGGCCUUGUGGAUGACAUGCGCACCCGCCUAGAGGGCAGUGCAGCGCAGGUGGUGGGGUACGGGCAUCUGGGCGAUGGCAAUCUGCACCUCAACAUCUCCGCACCCACGUAUGACCACAAACUGUUGGAGAGGAUAGAGCCGUAUGUGUACGAGUGGGUGGCGGGGCGGCAGGGCAGUGUGAGUGCGGAGCACGGGCUGGGGCUCAUGAAGGCCAACGCCAUCCACUACAGCAAGGACCCCCAAGCGGUGGCGGUGAUGAAGAGGGUGAAGGCCCUCUUUGACCCCAACGGCAUCCUCAACCCCUACAAGCUGCUGCCCUCCUCCUGA